AUGGCUCAGCUUUUUUAUGUUCCAAAGGUGUACAACCAGGAGGCCGAUACUCUUGAGGACCUUGAAAUCCCUUUAACAGAAGCUCGACGUGUGGUGACCAUGAUCUUCAGAAGCAUCAACACUGAGGAUUUGGCCAUAUAUUACGAAGGAGCUCAGUGUAACCUUUCCUUUUACCUGUUCAGUUACUUAAUUAAUGCAGGGGAUCCAGACCAGGAGGCUGCAGAUAAGCAGGGAAGCAAAACCAGCGCUGUGCACUUUCUCUAUAGUAGUAGCUGCAAACGGCUAUUCUCGCUCUCGCCCUCAGGGUUCAUAGAAGUAACCAGGAACUACUCUAACUUCCUCCACAUGCUCAGGCUUUCAGGGGCCAAUCUUCUGCGGGAGGUAUACAGAUUCACUCCUGUGGCCAAGGCUGUAAUUGAUGAUAAGCUCCAAGUCAAAAGUGCCACCUUGUGUGCUUACGAGUGCAGCACUUUGGCCAUGAUUCAGAUACCAGAUAAACUCCAGGACCCAGUGACUUACAUCGUUAGUCUGGACCCCUAUUUCGUUUACUACAGGCUAGCAUUCUCGUGUCAGCUGAAUGAAGGUCGUGGGGAUGAAGACACGGCAGCCUCAGACUCGUCCAGUAGCAGCUACAACUUAGUCCAGCACAAGACCGUGGCAGACAUCCUAAUGAAUGGAGUCAUUAUGUCUCUUCUGCUCUCUUCUCUGCAGACUCCCCUUCAAAAGCACACCUUUAUCACACUGCAGUAUGUUUCCGUCGAAGGGGACCAGCACGACGUUCUCUUUCACAGUGCUCCAGACCAUGUACUUGUGCACACCAUGUCAGAUACCAUUAUCGAGCAGCACCAGAUUUGUUCCAGCAGCGUAUUCAACAAUCGCUCUCCCACCCUUAUAUGUCCUUCUUCUCUUCUUCCCCGAGGAGUUGUCAAUACAGCUCAGGCGCGGCUCAUCAACAGCCUGCGAAAUGCCGGUUGCAUCGGGAACCCCUGGCUUUAUAGGUUCCUCUCUCUGCUCAGCCUGAAGCUAUGA